AUGUUAUCACAAUUUCUUAUUGGAUUUAUAUUAGUUUUUACUUCUUUUAAUAUUAUUCAGACAAUUGAAUUUGGAUGUGAAUACAAUUCAACGACUUAUACAAUUGACACUGAAUGGACAUUAUCUGAAUCUUGUCAAACAUGUAAAUGUUUAUCAAAUAAAAUUAUUAUUUGUCGAAAUCGAACAUGUCAAAUGCCAAAAGAUUGUCAAAUGGGUGAACAAUUAACAUUAAAAGCAGGUAGUUGUUGUCCAACAUGUUCAACUAUUCGACGUUCUUGUCUUUAUGAUGGUACUGCAAUACUUCACAAUACUAUAUUCUAUCCUAAAUCAUGUCUUCAAUGUCGUUGUCGAGAUGGUCAACUGUUUUGUGAUGAUAUUUGUCAUCAAUCAAUCUUACAAAACAAAUGUUCAUUUGAUAAUGAAUUAUAUCAAAUAAAUACAAUUUGGUCUCCAUUACCAUGUACCAUAUGUCAAUGUAUGGCGAUAUCACUAAAUCAAAAUGUAUCUUCUGUUUGUUAUAUUAAACAAUGUCCUUCAAUAACAAGUUGUCUUGGAACUCUUGAAUUCAUACCUGGUCAAUGUUGUCCAGUAUGUCAAACAAGUAUUUGUCGUGAUAAUAAUGGUCUUAUUUAUCAAAAUGGUGAUGUUUGGACGAAAGAUAAUGUUUGUACACAUUGUACAUGUAGAAAUGGAUCAGUUAUAUGUUCAAAAGAAACUUGUCCAAUUUUACAAUGUAAAUCUAAUGAAAAAGUUAUUCGUUUACCAAAUAGUUGUUGUGCAAUAUGUAGCAAUCGACAUAUGUGUAGAUUUUAUGGUAAUAAUGGUUAUCAGAUCCAUUAUGAACAUGAUCUUUGGUAUACAUCAGCAUGUCAAUAUUGUACAUGUCGACGACAUAAUCGUGUUGUAUGUAAAAGUAUUCAAUGUGAACAUCAAUUUUGUCUUGAACAUGAAAUCCAAGAAUCACGAUCAGAUAGUUGUUGUGUAUCAUGCCGACAACCUAAACAAUGUGAUUUGAAUGGUUAUAUACUUAAAGAAGGAUCUUAUCGUCAAAUUGAUAAUUGUACAUUAUGUACAUGUACACCAGAAAGUCAACCUAAAUGUUAUUCGAAUUGUAAACAAAAUGGUUAUUCAGUUAUUGAAUUACAAACAUCAAGUCUACAUCGUAAUCAUACAAUUACUGUUACUGAUAGUUUAGCUACAAUUAUAGCUUAUUCAAAAUCUGGAACAAUUAUACCUUCAUCACAAACUCGUUCUCUAUUAUUUCAAUUUUCUUCAUCUAUAAUAACGAAAUCAAAUGCUGCUGUUCUAUUAGGUAUUAUACAUAAUUCAACUGGUCAAAUAUCUUAUCGACUUAUUAUUAUUGAUUUUGAUUCAACUAUUAAUAAUACAAGAAUUAAUUAUAGUCUUUCAGAUGAAUUACGCCUUUGGAUGCCAUCAGCAGUUUCUACUCAACGGACUAUAAAAUCAUCAAUAACAAUAAUUGAAGAUGAUAAAAAUACUGAUCAAAUUAUUUUAAUAAUUCUUAUUAUAAUACUUUCAUUGGUUUGUUUAAUAUUAAUUUUAAUUAUUAUUUUCUUAUGUUAUCGACGAAAACAAAAAACAAUUGAAAAAAAUAUUUAUAAGAAUACUUGUAAACAACAAGGUUCAUCAUUAUCAAUAGUAGAAAAAUUUCAUGCACCUGAUUUAACAACUAAAGUGAUACUUUUAACACAUUUUCAUACACAUGAACAAGAAUUAGGUACUGAUGUGUAA